CCUAAAAGGAGGCGAUGUGACAGUUCUCUCGCAUUGCUCCCCGUCGACACCCGCCGAGACCUCCCCGUGGUGUCACUUGCGCUGACACAGGAGUCUAGAAGAAAAAAACAAACAAACUGUUCUUGUUUUUUCUCUCUCUUUCGCACAACCGAGAGAGAAAGGAGGUUGGGGGGUGGGUGGGGGGAGAAAGAUUUUUCUUCUUCUUCUUCUUCUUCUUCUGCGAGUCAAGAGGGAUAUUGACCUCAGCUGGAGACUUGUAUGCCUCGGCUCCCUGUGCACCUGUUGCGCGGAAGAGAUCUCCCGUCAGCUGAGCCCCGCAGCCCCGCAGAGUCCGAGCUGUGCGAGAAGUGGACGCGUUUCAGACAGCGGCUCGUCAUCCGCCGCGGAGCGCUGUGCAGGAUGCCCGUCCUCAUGAGCCCAGAGAUCGCCACCAAGUUCAAGGAGAAAUGGAUGCUGCUGCAUCCGGACGAGCAGGACAACAUCAGCGGCUCCAUGAACCUGGACGACAGCCUCACCAGCCUGCAGUGGCUGCAGGACUUCUCCAUCCUGAGCGCUAACCUGGAGAGACCCCCCAGCUCGGGCUCUCUCCUCCUAUGUCCCAUCUCCUCCUCGCCGCUGCCCCCUGCUGAGAGGAACUCGAUCCGCCACAACCUGUCGCUCAACAAGUGCUUCAUGAAGGUGCCCCGGCAGAAGGACGAGCCGGGCAAGGGGGGCUUCUGGCAGAUCGACCCCCAGUACGCCGACAUGUUCGUCAACGGCGUCUUCAAGAGGAGACGGAUGCCGGCCGCCCACUUCAGCGCCCCGCGCCAGAGCAAGAUGUCGCCCGUCCCGGAGGCGUCCUACAGCCCGGCCGCCAAGCGGAAGCAGCCCUCGCCCAAGAGGAGCGCCAAGCUGGGGCGGGGCCCCCAGUCGCCCCUGCUGGCGCCGGAGGCCGAGGCGCUGAAGGGCGACUUCGACUGGGCCUCCGUCUUCGACGACGUCUUCAGCGGCGGCGGCGGCGGCGGCACCUUCGAGGACCUGGACCUCAACGCGGCCCUGAGCUCGCUGGGCUGCGACCUCGACCCCGGCCUGCAGGGGCGCCACCCGGGCGGCGGGGCCCUGAAGUGGGGGUUCGCCGAGCUGGCCGGCGGCCUGGUGGGGACCCCCCAGCCCCCUCUCGCCCCCCAGCAGCAGCACUUGGAGGACUGGGCGCUGUUCUCCGAGCAGCAGCAGCAGCAGCAGCACCACCCCUGGGAGGAGCUGAGGGAGGAUGCCCAGGCCAUCCCUCUGGCCUUCGACCAGAGCUUUAACUUCUGCGAGGGCCUGUUCACCGAGAUGCAGCCCUGGGACAGGGUGGAGGCCUACCUGUGACCCUUCCCUGCUGGUUGGAAGACUGACGGACCUCUGUUUUGCUACAUUAGCAUCAUACCUUCCCUAGGAAUAUCGAACAUUUAGAGUUUUUUUUUCUUAAAUUUGUAUUUACAGAAAAGAGAAGCUAUUUCCAUUCUUUUUUGAGCUGGGGGGGGAGGUUACAGGCCUGGUACACCGAUAGCAGCGGAGGGGAUCCUUUACAGUCCGGCUGAAGCUAGGGCCCUCCCGCUGUUGUGUGCAGAAAGGGUGGCAGCUAAGUGUAGCUGGGAAAGACGAUACGUGUGUGCGUAUAGACUCACAGUUACCUGGCAGGACCCUCAUGUCCAGGGUCCAGACAGUACAGAGACGCCGAAAGUGAAGGAAGGAGACCGAAAGCCCCCCUGACACUCCAGAUCUCCUCCGAACUCGAAGUCAUAUGCACUUGCCACUUUGAAAUCCCCCUGCUGUGUUUAUGAAGAUGACCCUCCUACCAGUACAAGGAUAUGCAGCUGCUGUAGAGAGGUACUGGAGUUGAAGAACAGCACCGUUAGAUUCCUCAUUCCCCUUUUUGUUCUCCUUCUUUGUUACAGUCUUCUAAUAUGACCAGAGGAUGCAAUCUUAAAUACUGUAGCCACAGGAGAUUCCUCUAAUGCAAGAUUGAACUGCGGACUAUGACUGUUAUAAAGUUGUUUUGCCACUGAACCACAAUGUGCUUUUCAUAUUGCAGCUCGUAAAAAAAAAAAAAAAAAAAGUCUCCUGCAAUUGACUUGAUUGAAAAUAACCAGCCGCAUGACAGCAUUUCGAUUGACAGGAGGGAUUUAUCAGCACACACACACACAAACUAUCUGGGACAAGAAACUAACAUCCGGUGUCGAGUUCGUGGUGCGUGUGGAGGAUGUGGCUGUUAGACUCUCAGACUCUCCACUGAAGUGCUCCAGAAGAGGAGCUGUAAAGUACAAAUGCGAUUCAGGGUGAUGGGUUCGUUAUCUUUCCUUGCCUUCAUGGUAACUGUUCUCGGGUGGUCUUGUGCAGAAUAUUUCUCUGUUCUUAAGAUGCAUUUUCAAGACCUAACCCUCACCGGUAUCUCAUCUAGAGUUACAAACAGGCCAAUCACCUGCUGUUUGCCCUUACAGCCCAGAAAGUUCCCAAGGGGCUGUUUUUCAGCUUUUAAUCUGCUGCAAUGAAACAGGCUCUUGGCUGGGUUUACUGUAAGAUUGCGGCCAUGCCAUACUUCCAUUACAAAUCGGGAUUUGCUGGAAGCCAACUGGAUUUCUAAGGAAACAGAGACUUUUGGCAUUCCCUGCUGCUUGCCUUCAAUAAAGACACAAGCCUGGAGCUGUGAUAGACUCACAACCGAAUGGACGUUUCUCCGCAGUAGAAUGAAGGGUCUUGAGAUGCGUGUAAGAAAAUGACAAGUCAGAUGUUAAGUGAGGUGUCUGUUUCCUGGAGUCACUGUGAAAUACUGACUGAAUGAAGCAUCGCACCAGUGUGUGUGCAAUCUAAUGUUUUUGUAUUCAUAAGCUGUACGAAAAGCUUCGAUGCAAUAAAUAUUGUGGAUUUUGA